AAAAACCCUACGUGGAUGUUAUAUAUAACUCUUGAACGCCGCUGUGUCCUUUACCCCGGAAAAAAAGGGAGCUCUUCUAGGGUUUCUUUGCAUCUGUGCUGCCAUGGGGAAGGGAACAGGGAGUUUUGGUAAGAGGAGGAACAAGACCCACACCCUCUGUGUUAGGUGUGGCCGCCGAAGCUUCCACCUCUUCCACCUCCAGAAGAGCCGUUGCUCCGCCUGUGCUUUCCCUGCUGCCCGCAAGAGGAAAUACAACUGGAGUGAGAAGGCAAUCAGGAGGAAGACAACUGGAACUGGAAGGAUGAGGUAUCUCCGCAAUGUCCCUUGCAGGUUCAAGAGUGGUUUCAGAGAAGGCACUCAAGCAGAACCAAGGAAGAAGGGCACAGCGGCAUCUGCUUAAGCCGUGGGUCAUUUUUGAGCGUGUUAUCUGGGUACCCUAUUGUAGAUUUACUUGCAAAUUAUGCAUUGGGGAGUUUUGUUAGAACUUCGUUCAAUGGGUGCUAUUCACCUUUUUCAUGCUAUUUAGAUAAUUUUACAUUGCCUAAUUAUUUAGUUGGUUUGAUUCUGAAAAGAGGAUGUUGCGAGUGUUAUUCGAUUUGCUCUAUGUUUUUGAGGAAGUUUUCGAAAAUUUCUGGC